AUGGGUGUCGAAACAUCGCAACAUCGAAUUAUAAAUAUUAAAAAAUCACCAUCUAAUACAUCGGUAGAUACAGCAUUGCCAAUUCCGAAAUCUCCAUCGGAUAAUGAAAUAGAAUAUCUCGAAACAUUUACAUUAGCUUGGUUAGAUUCACAUAUUGAUGACGAUGAACAUAAUAUAAUAUUAGAAAAACGCUUACGUCAAUAUAUUACACAUCUUGUUACAUUCGACAAUCAAAAAUUAUGUGAACAAUGGUUGAAAAAUCGUUCUACCGACGAAAAAAUUUUUCUUAUCGUAACUGGUGAGACAGGAAAAACGAUUUUACCUAAUAUUCAUCAUUUAAGAUCGGUCAUUGCUAUUUACAUAUUUUGUUGGAAACCAGAAUUGCAUAUUAGUUGGGCUAAAGCGUACUCUAAAAUACGUAAUAUUAUUUCCCAACCAGAAGAACUUUUAGAACAAAUAUUAAGAGAUAAAAUUUAUUUUGAAAAUAUUGAAGAUUCAGGAGGAAUUAAAACAUUAUCAAAUCAAGAUCAACAUGAAAUUUUAAAUAUUGAAACGGCUUCUUUUCUAUGGUAUCAACUUUUUCUUGAACUACUUGUAUCAUCAUCUUAUUUACAAUCACCUGCUUCAUCCACUGAGCUCCUUCAAAUAAUUCUUCGAUAUCACGCAAACAAUGAAAAUUUCUUAAAUUUAAUCAAAGAAUUCGAAAAAACCUAUGAUAAACAGGACGCCAUACAAUGGCUGAUAAGUAAUACUUCAUUAGAACGUUUUUUAACUAAAGCUUUACGUGAACAGAAUAUUUCUAUGCUUUUUUAUCUUCGUUUCUUUCUUGUGGAUAUUCAUACUCAAUUGAUAACUCACCAAUUAGAAUCUGCUCGUGCAUAUCGAAAACAAUUUAUGUCCUUAACAAAUAUCGCACAAAUUCAAAAUAAUCCAAAUGGCUAUUUAGUAUUUAAUGGAUUUCUUUUCAGUUCAAUACAACCACCUAACUGUUCGUUAGAUGAUAUUGAUGAUAUUCAAUACCAACUUGUUCUCAUUGAAAUCUAUGUUGAAUAUCGCGAUGGAAUGCCUCCAUUUGCUUGUGUUCAACAAAUGGUUAAUGUGAAUAGUGAUAAUAAUAAUAAUGAUUCAACAAUUAUUUUUAUGUGUGGUUCGAUAUUUAAAAUUAUUUCGUUUGAAGAAAAUCAUAAUUCAACUUGGAAUCUGCAACUAUCAUUGAUUGAUGAUAAAAAUUUAAGUGUAUUAAAUGAUCAGAAAGAAACAUUACGGCAAACAAAAGAUUUAUCUAUUAUUGCUAAUUUACUAGAGCAAGCAAACCAACGGAAUAAGGCUAACAUCUUUAGUGAACAUCUUUCGCGAUUAUUGCCAUCUAAUAAAAGUUUGACUCUUCCCACAAACAGACCAACGAAUACAAAAGCUAAGGUUCAGCCACUUAGCUUGAAAAAUGUUCAGUUCAUAGUUACCGAUCUAUCAAAGCAUCUCAAUAAGUUCGCAUCCGCUAUGUUAAAUACUUUACAAUCGAUGACCAAUGAUUCUCUAUUAAUUUAUGACAAUGGUUCAGACUUUGACUCCGACGUAACGUCUGAUAAAAGAAUUUUACUAUUCUCAACUGCUCAAUAUGCCUCAUUAACGACAGAAAGCUUUAAACAAAAAGCACAAAUAUUUAUAUUGGAAGAAGAUACAAAUAAAGUUGAUCUAAAACAGCGAUUCGACAAUAGUGAAGAUUUAAUAUUUGAAUUGGCUGAUCAACUCUACCGUUAUUAUAUGUUAGAAGCAAAAGAAGAUUCUAAACAAGGCGAUACUUAUUCAGCUAAAGAAAAAGAAGAUUUAGCCAAUCGAAUUCAUAGUGAAUUGAAAAAAGCUUUUCAAAAUAUUUCAACAAAUAUUGUUGAUGAUAAACCAGCAGUAAACUCAAAAACAACAUUUAUACAAUUAAAACCACUCGGUGAUACUGAUUCCAUCAUGAAAACUAUGCGAAGGCAAUAUAAAAAUAUUGUUUCAGAUGAUUUCAUAUUUCAUGACGCAGAAGAAUGCUUUGGCCAUAUAUGUACAGCUGAAUAUAGUAAUAUUGUAUUUCUUAUAAUCAAUAUUCAGCAUUAUGAAGAAUCAUCCAUAACCGGCUUUGAGUUUCUUGAGAAUAUCAAACACAUUUAUCGUUAUAAUCCUUCAUCAAUUGUAAACGAUAGAAUUAUUUGUAACCCGAAAAAUCUACGUUUUCGAUUUACCCAUGAUCUCAUUGAACAUUACAACAAUUUGGGAAACGAGUUUAAUCAGAGAAACAAUGCAGAGAAGGCGAAAGGAAUGUUUUUAAAAGCACAACAAUUGUGUGCUAUUCUUAUUGAACAUUAA